UAUAUACUCCUACAUAAACACUUUACACAUACAUGCAAAGAUAAGAGAGUCGCGGAACAGAGUCCGUAUUCCUGCUUCCUGCCGCGAGUCGAGCUUUGACCAGCCAGUCUCGACCGGUCCGAUUCGACAUUCGUUCCUUCUACUUGGCACCAGGACUCUCGCCAUAUGGACGCCAAUGCACCUUUUGAUGUCGGCUAUCAUCGCGCGCGGAUCACUUACCCUCGCGCCUGCACUGAUUUAGACGAGCCACGUGUGUACAAGUGUGUGUGUGCGUGUGUGGGUAUGUGCGUGCACGUCUGGACGUGACACAUGACUGCUGAGAUACUCUUGAAACCCUUGACACUCGGAGUGUGAGACACAUCUCGAUCGACACGGCUCAGCGGGAUCAGGCACGUAUUCCCCGGAGAAACCAGCUAUGUACCGAGUACUCUCCAACGUGUCGAAGUACACGGUCCACAAUGGCUUGCAUAAGACACCGUCCGUUCUCGGAGGGGCAACGUCUAUAACGACGUUGAACCUGAACAAGCAGCCGAUCCCGAAGCAGCCGGUUCCCGAUCUCAAGCAAACUGCGGAACGUUACUUGAGAUCCCUAAAGCCGCUGCUGACCGACAACGAGUAUAAAAAUACGGAGAGGAUCGUCGGUGAAUUUGUAGGCCGGACGGGCGCGGGACCUCAGCUACACGCUAAAUUAUUGGAGAGAUAUCAAAGCACUGAUAACUGGAUGAAACAAUGGUGGCUGGAGGCCGCAUACUUGGGAUACCGUUUGCCCGUGAUCGUGCACUCGAGUCCCGGAACCGUCGGGCCGCCGGUCACUUUCCACCGCCCGGAUGACGUUUAUGUGUACGCGGCGCGCCUCGUCGCCGCGGUGUGCAAUUACAAUGAGAUGGUCAAGAGUGAAAAGAUGAAGCAGGAGAUGGCUUGCCAUGAGCCGCUCGACAUGCAGCCCUACGGCAUGAUACUCGGCACGCACAGGCAGCCCAACCAAGUAGUCGACAAGCUGCUGCACACGGACGAGGCCAGGCACAUAAUAAUCAUAAGCAAUAACAAUUUCUUUAAACUUUGCGUUGUCGAUAAAAACGGCAUUUUAAGCGAGGGCAAGCUCGUGGCUGCCAUAAAAGAUAUCGCAGAUCGCUCGUGCACCCAAGGCAAGCCCGUAGGAAUUUUAACUGGGAAUGACAGAGACACGUGGGCGAAGGACUACAGCUUACUUCUAGAACUAGGUAACAAUAGGAAUAUAAUCAAGGAUAUAGAAACCUCUUUGUUUAUACUGUGCCUCGAUAAGGACAUGCCUAAGGACGCUUUUAAGGAGAAGAAUAACGCCUCGGUCAGAGCGGUUCAAACUAUGACGGGCUACAGUAGCGGCGUAAACGCUGGUAACAGGUGGCACGAUAAGACUGUGCAGUACAUAGUAUCCGCGGACGGUUAUAUCGGCAUGGAAUACGAGCACAGUCCAUGCGAGGGAGUUCCGGUUGCCGUUCUCCACGAUUAUGUAUUAAAAUAUAUAGCGGCAAGAGAAAAUAGCGCAAGGGACGGAAGAUCCGCGGAUUUCCCGAGGCCGGAACUUGUGAAGUUCGAAACUAACGACGUUAUAGACUGCGCGAUCGACGUAGCCACUGACGCGGUAGAUAAACUCUCGGCCGACAUAGACAUGGAAUGUUUUACAUUCGACAAAUUCGGCGCGGACGCUAUAAAAGCGAUCAAACUGAGUCCCGACAGUUUUAUCCAGAUCGCGAUGCAAGUGACGUUCUAUAACGUACAAAGGAAGGCGCCAGCUCAUUACGAAAGCGCGGCGUUACGUAGAUUUAUAAACGCCAGAACCGAGUGCAUCAGAUCUACUAGCACCGAAUCCGUUGAAUUUGCGAAAGCAAUGCUUCCCGGGGAAUGCAAGAGCAAGCAGCAAAAGAAGGAGAUGCUGGUCAGAGCAAUAGAUGCUCAUAAAACAUUCGCCGCGCAAGCCGCGACCGGUCAAGGCGUCGAUCGGCACUUGUUCGGCUUAAAAAUGAUAGCGAGAAGCGAAGGAAUGGAGCUCCCGGAAUUGUACAAGGAUGUUGGCUACACCAGAAGUACAUAUUUCAAUCUAACGUCAAGUCAGGUGCCGUAUAAGUCAGCGUCUUUCAUGUGCUACGGACCAGUCGUUCCCGACGGUUACGGCUGCUGCUACAAUCCACGACCGAAGGACAUUCUGUUCGCCUGUUCGUCGUUCAAAUCGUGCGGCGAAACCAACACGAGGGACUUCGCUCACGUUUUGCAGCAGACACUGUGCGACAUGCGAGACGUAGCGAGUGAAUAACGUGCGGGAACUUAGUAAUUCUAUUGGAGGACGGAUAAGCGCCGAGACGGAUAUUUUUAUAUUGUGUAUGACGCCAAGCGUCAGUGGAAAUGCUCGAGUCACGAGGAUUUGUUUCAUACAAACUUUUUAUUGCGAAAUAUAUACCGAAGAUCCGAAAUAUUUGGUGAAAUAUUUCGUUUCUUAUUGUCAGUCCGCGCUCUGUACAUGUCACAAAAUUGUAUUUUCUCACAAUAAAUAUACGUUAAUCUCGUCGGCGGUUGAUUAACAAGCAUAUAAAUAUAAAAAAAA